AUGAAAGCCGUAGCAGACGUCAUCGCUCGCAAUGCAGAAGAUUUGGCAUUUAUCCAAAUAGAUGCUAUCUUGGGAGACCUGAGGGCAGCGUGCAUCAUACAAUAUCAGGAAUAUCUCGAUGUGAUCGAACAGUCCAUCCAGAAGAAGUUACUGCUCCUGCAGGAGAUCCUGCCACGUCGGGGGGACGAUGCCUUCCCCAAGUUCCUCGAAUGCCUCCGGCAACGACGGCACGUGUUGCUCGCUGACAGGAUGGAGAGGGGGAAUCCAGUCCAAGUACUGAAAGAGUACUGCGACAAGAAUGGCUGCAAAGUUGAAUAUAUUGAUGUUGAUGAAAGUGGACCACCGCAUGACAAAAAAUUUAUAUCGAAGGUCGUCAUGACGUUUCAACCGGAUGAGCCAAGCAAAACCAAGAAGGAUGCGAAGGCUGCAGCUGCUUCCCUUUGCCUCAAGAGACUUGGACUCGUGUGA